UGGACGCAACCGAACUCACAUUUACUUUUCCUUUGAAAAGUAAAUCUGCCAUCGCACAUUUGGAAGAACAGGCGUUAAACGCACCCGGUGAGGUGACCUGAGGACGGAGAACAACUGCUGAUAACCGGAUCAAUACUUAAAAGUUUAUUUCACUUCUGAACUUUGUCUUUCUACUCAAACAGGUGAAGAUGAAGGUGUGUGUGUGAGCUGAUGUGGACGUAAAUUCAGCAGAAUGGAUCAGUGUGAGGACAGAGAGGAGGGAGUCCCUCCCUCUAAAACCUCUCUGUGUGGGGAACAUGAGAGUCGGAGCAAAGCUCAGAGGAAUCAACCUGGACCUGGACCUGGACCUGGACCUGGACCGGGACCUGGAACUGAACCUGGACCUGGACCCAGCUGUGUGUCCUUGAAGAGCGACCGGUCAAUUGGCAGGAUUAUUACCUUUACAGGAGACCAACAUUCUUCUGUAAAGACGGUCCAUCAGAAAAGAGACUCUCUUGAACAUGAACCCAGCUGUUUGUCCUUGAAGAGCGACAAGUCAAAUGAUAGAUUGAUUAACUUUAAAGGAGACCAACAUUCUUCUUCAGAGAGAGUGGACCAGCAGGUCUCAGAGUCCCCCAGCGGUCCGUCUGUCCAGCAGCAUCAGACCCAGCUGGACUCCAUCUUUCAGCUGCUGGAGGACAACAUUGUCAUGUUUGUGAAGAACGAGCUGAAGAAGAUCCAGAGGGGUCUGAGUCCAGAUUACCCCGAAUCCCUAGAGCAUGUGUUGCAGGGGGAGGAUGAAGAGCAGAGGAGGAGCAGCAGAGAGGCGUUUGUGAAGAUCACAGUGAACUUCCUGAGGAGAAUGAAGCAGGAGGAGCUGGCUGAGCGUCUGCAGAACAAUGUUUCUGCUGCAGUUUGUAAAAAGCAUCUGAAGUCUAAGCUGAAGAAGAAGUACCAGUGUGUGUUUGAGGGGAUUAUUAAAGCAGGAAACCCAACCCUUUUGAAGCAGAUCUACACAGAGCUCUACAUCACAGAGGGAGGGACUGGAGAGGUCAACAAUGAACAUGAAGUCAGACAGAUUGAAGCAGCUUCCAGGAAACCAGACGGAGCAGAAACAACCAUCAGACAGGAAGACAUCUUUAAACCCCCACCUGGAAGAGAUGAACCAAUCAGAACAGUGAUGACGAAGGGAGUGGCCGGCAUCGGGAAAACAGUCCUAACACAGAAGUUCAGUCAGGACUGGGCUGAAGGCAGAACCAACCAGGACAUCCAGUUCCUGCUUCCAUUCACCUUCAGAGAGCUGAAUGUGCUGAGAGAGAGAAAGUUCAGCUUGGUGGAACUUGUUCAUCACUUCUUCACUGAAACCAGAGAAAUGUGCAGCUUUGAAGAGUUCCAGGUCGUGUUCAUCUUUGACGGUCUGGAUGAGAGUCGACUUCCUCUGGACUUCCAGAACAAUGAGGUCCUGACUGAUGUUACAGAGUCCACCUCAGUGGAUGUGCUGCUGACAAACCUCAUCAGGGGGAACCUGCUUCCUUUUGCUCGUCUCUGGAUCACCACACGACCCGCAGCAGCCAAUCAGAUCCCUCCUGAGUGUAUCUCCAUGGUGACAGAGGUCAGAGGGUUCACUGACCCACAGAAGGAGGAAUACUUCAGGAAGAGGUUCAGAGAAGAGGAGCAGACCAGCAGGAUCAUCUCCCACAUCAAGACAUCACGGAGUCUCCACAUCAUGUGCCACAUCCCAGUCUUCUGCUGGAUCACUGCUACGGUCCUGGAGAAAGUCCUGGAAACCAGAGAGGGAGGGACGCUGCCCAAGACCCUGACUGAGAUGUACAUCCACUUCCUGGUGGUCCAGGCCAAACUCAAGAAGGUCAAGUAUGAUGGAGGAGCUGAGACGGAUCAACACUGGAGUCCAGAGAGCAGGACGAUGGUGGAGUCUCUUGGAAAACUGGCUUUUGAGCAGCUGCAGAAAGGAAACCUGAUCUUCUAUGAACCAGACCUGAGAGAGUGUGGCAUCGAUGUCAGAGAGGCUUCAGUGUACUCAGGAGUGUUCACCCAGAUCUUUAGAGAGGAGAGCAGCCUGUACCAGGACCAGGUCUUCUGCUUCAUCCAUCUGAGUGUUCAGGAGUUUCUGGCUGCUCUUCAUGUCCAUCUGACCUUCAUCAACUCUGGAGUCAACCUGCUGGAGGAACAAAGAAACACCUCCAGGAGGUUUAAAAUAAGAGCAGAGACUGACCUCUAUCAGAGUGCUGUGGACAAGGCCUUACAGAGUCCAAACGGACACCUGGACUUGUUCCUCCGCUUCCUCCUGGGUCUCAAACUUGAGACCAAUCCGACUCUCCUACGAGGUCUGUUUGAGCCAAAACUAAGAAGAUCACAGAGCAAUCAGCAAACAGUUAAAUACAUCAAGAAGAAGAUCAGUGAGGAUCUGUCUGCAGAGAAAAGCGUCAACCUGUUCCACUGUCUGAAUGAACUGAACGAUGGUUCUCUGGUGGAGGAGGUCCAACUGUCCCUUAGGUCAGGACUUCUCUCCACAGAUGAACUGUCUCCUGCUCAGUGGUCGGCUCUGGGCUUCAUCUUACUGUCAUCAGAAGAUCUGGAGGUGUUUGACCUGAAGAAAUACUCAGCUUCAGAGGAGGUUCUACGGAGGCUGCUGCCGGUGGUCAAAGCCUCCAAGAAAGCUGUGUUGAGGGACUGUAACCUCUCAGAGAACAUCUGUGCAGAUCUGUCCUCAGUUCUCAGCUCUCAGUCCUCCAGUCUGACAGAACUGGACCUGAGUAACAACCACCUGCAGGAUUCAGGACUGAAGAAGCUGUGUCCUGGACUGGAGAGUCCACACUGUCACCUGGAGUCUCUCAGGUUGAGUGACUGUAACCUCUCAGAGAACAUCUGUGCAGAUCUGUCCUCAGUUCUCAGCUCUCAGUCCUCCAGUCUGACAGAACUGGACCUGAGUAACAACCACCUGCAGGAUUCAGGACUGAAAAAGCUGUGUCCUGGACUGGAGAGUCCACACUGUCACCUGGAGUCUCUCAGGUUGAGUGAGUGUAACCUCUCAAAGAAGAUCUGUGCAGAUCUGUCCUCAGUUCUCAGCUCUCAGUCCUCCAGUCUGACAGAACUGGACCUGAGUAACAACCACCUGCAGGAUUCAGGACUGAAGAAGCUGUGUCCUGGACUGGAGAGUCCACACUGUCACCUGGAGUCUCUCAGGCUGUCAGGCUGUCUGAUCUCAGAGGAAGGCUGUGCUUCUCUGGUCUCAGCUCUGAGCUCCAACCCCUUCCACCUGAGAGAGCUGGACCUGAGCUACAACCAUCCAGGAGAGUCAGCAGGGAAGCUUCUGUCUAGACUGGAGGAUCCCCGCUGGAGACUGGACACUCUCAGGGUGGAGCCUGCUGGACAACGAUGGUUGACACCAGGUCUGAGGAAGUAUUGCUGUCAACUCACCAUCGACACAAACACAGUCAACAAACACAUCAAACUGUCUGACAACAACAGGAAGAUGAUGUGUGUGGGGGAGGAUCAGUCAUAUCCUGAUCAUCCAGACAGGCAACGACUGUGUGCGAUGUCCUUGAUGGAUGUGAGGGGACAUGCCGGUGAGUUUGGCUGUAGCAUCCACCACUCUCUGCAGGGCCUUUCGAUCGGCUGCCGUACAGCUUUCAUGCCAGAUGGAGAUGCAGUUGGUCGGUAUGGUUUCGAUUGUGUCCCUGGUGGUGGGUGAGGAUGGGCGGUGGUAGGUGUGCUCUCCUCAGCCGACGUAGGAAGUGCAGCCUCUGGUUGGCUUUCUUUGACAGUGUGGACCAGGACAAGUCACUGGAAAUGUGAAUGCCCAGAAACUUUGUUCUCUGGGUGAUCUCCACAGCAGCUCCACCUAUGAGGAGAGGGGUGUGUGUAGGCUGGUUCUUUCUGGGGUCCAUGAUGACCUCUAUGGUCUUGUUGACAUUCAGUUGAUAGUUAACCUACUGUCAGAUCUGAGCACAAGGUUGCUGUGCAGCCAGGGUUCAUCCUGGUCUUUAUUCACACCACUUCCUGUUCCAGCCAUGACAUACCUACUGGACUGUCAGGUCUCUGUCAUGGUAAAGUGUUUGUUUAUAUGUGAGCUCUCACCAAGAUGAAUAAGAUGAUCCAUCCAUUAUCUAGAACUGCUUCUUCAUGUUCAGGGUCCCAGGGGUCGACCUUGUUGAUUUUAAAUGUACUAUGAUGAUUUUUAUGUACAUUUGUCAGUAGAAGGAGAAAUCAACAAUAAUAAUGUUCUUCUAUGGUUCCUAGACUGUAGAAGAAGAACUGGACAACCCCUCCAUGAUGUCAUCUGUAACGUUGUUUUCAGCUCUCAUUUUCUCACCUAAUGAUUCAGUGAGUCAAGGCAACCACAGAUUUUAUGUUCCAUCGUCCACUGGAUCAGAUUGAUACCAAAUCUAUAUUUCUGUAGAUACCAAAUAUAAUCAGCUGUUUUCCUCUAUCAAAAGCUAUUUCAGCAUCUAGAGUGCAGACUGCAGCUCCGGGAGGUAGUUUAGUGGAUUACUGAACAAUAUUAAAGUGUUUAUGAUGUCAUCACAUGAGUGUUGGUUUGUCUUUAAGUCGCUUAGAUAAAUGUCAUUCUGGUUGCUGCCAUCUUGUCCGUACAAAUCAACCAUCAACAUCGAUGCCAACUACUGUCCAAAGAUGCAAAAGGGGAACAAGUCCUGGUGUCAGCCUAUGUACAACUUGACUGUAACAUAUUUAUGACCAAAUAAAUGUUGGAAACAGGCAGAUCCAGACCUGCAGUUCUUCUGUUGACCACUAGGGCCCAGAUCCAGACCUGCAGUUCUUCUGUUGACCACUAGGAUCCAGAUCCAGACCAACCGUUCUUCUGUUGACCACUAGGGUCCAGAUCCAGACAUGCAGUUCUUCUGUUGACCACUAGGGUCCAGAUCCAGACCUGCAGUUCUUCUGUUGACCACUAGGGUCCAGAUCCAGACCAGCCGUUCUUCUGUUGACCACUAGGGUCCAGAUCCAGACCAGCCGUUCUUCUGCUGACCACUAGGGUCCAGAUCCAGACCUGCAGUUAACAGAUCAUAAUCAUACCAUUUUAAAGCUUAAAUAACAAAAUAAUACAUCUCUUUGUGCAGUUAUCUUUUACUAGAGAUUUUUGAAACCACUUUUGUGUCUUCACCUCUUUUUGCUGCUGACCACAACUGCAGGAUGCCAGUCAGGCUUGUUUCUUUCAUCUUGAAAUUCAGGAGAAAACCCAGAUAUCCAAACAGAAAUCCUGUAAUGGAGACGGCACUAAUUCAAAAACCUCCAGAAUAUCCAAUAAACCUUUUUACGCUUCCUGGAAGUGGUUUGUCAGCUAAUUUUUUUUCUACAUUUGCACGUCUCUGGCAGCGCUGGAUGUGACGUAGCCGGUGAAUCUAAAGUCUUUCCUUUGAAUUUCACACAGCAAAUUAAUACAUGUGAAUUUUUCUGCAUCUGAAUUAAACACCUCAAUUUUUCAACACUUUAUUUUCUCUGCUAUUUUUUCAGUGUUUUAAAUUUCAAGAAUUGAAGAUGAGAAAUUCAAAGUAAAAUAAUUCAGAUUGUCAAAGUCAUUCAGAAUUCAGAGGUUAGAAAAUCACUUUUAACAUCCAGGCCACUAGGAUAACUAAUCAACCAUGAUGACGUCAAACCGGCUUCCAGCCAAUCAAAUCAUGGUCCGUCAGUCACAUGACACUGACCGGGGUCUCAGGUAGCCAAGGACGGCGGCAAAUCUGGAAGAUCCUCCUUUGGUGACAGUUUAACGUUUUAUAUUUCCCGAUUAUCUUCUUCAUUCUUCUGUUUAAUAGAUCAAACCAACUUGUAACUUUUCUUGUGAUUUUUAUUUACAUGUGGUGUU